AUGUCUACUCUAGAAUGCCGCAAAUACUAUCCGGGUCGACAGCAGGAAAAACGACAACAGGUUGAACGACAACAGGUUGAACGUUUGCUUGAAAUUACCAUAAAUGCUCAAGUUAUAGAGUACUUGAAGACAUUAACAUUUGGAGUUGUUGAUGCUGCAGCUACAAGGUUAUUGGCUCGGUCCUUAUCAGUGGAUAUAUUUUUCAAGUCGUUCAUUGGACGAGUCAUUGAACGAGGCAAAAUAUCGAUGUCAAUGACGAUAUUGGCUAUCACGUACUUGCAACGAGCUCAAUCUUAUAUCCGUGUUGGAUAUAAAGUUGGAUGUAUUGCAGAACGAAUACUCCUAGGUGCUUUUAUGAUCAGCACAAAAUUUUCUGUCAACAUUCCAAUAUCCAAUGAGGAGUGGGCCGACAUUGCAGAAGUUUUCCAACUUGCAGACAUUGAUGUCAUUGAGAAGCAGUUUCUUCUGCUUAUCCAAUGGAAUCUUUCAUUUUCAGAAGAGGACAUAAUUGCUUCAGCAAUGAACAUCAUCACCCAAUACCCUGAAAUCAUCCUGUAA